AUGGAGAAGUACAAGGCGGCCGGAUUCGAGUGUUUCCCCAGCUAUGGAAGCUCGAGAGCACCAGAGAUUUCGAUGGGAUAUUCACGAUGCAUCAUUUUUAUCCGAAGUCUGUCACAUAUCACUAUCCGAUACACCGACACCUGGAUGUGGGAACAUAACGAGGAAUUGCAUAUCGAAGGGGCCUGGGGCAAAUGGCUAGUGCUGCCCUCGAGCGUCACCAGGUUUUGUAUCGACAUCGAAAGCAUCGAGCGACGCAAAGAUGAAGUGGAUUACAUUGCGGGCGAAAUGGCCGACCAAUGGCGAUUCCAGCGAGCCGAUGGCACCAACAUGCUCGCAGCCAAGGCUGAUACCUCCGUAUCUAGAUGGACGAGGAGUUCCAUGCUUGGCGGACGGCGCUGGGUGCGUGAUGAGGUGGCGCCUGGUCAGCUUCAGUACUAUUUUGCAACUGUAAUGUGGCGGCCGUCGCCGGAGCCCUUGGAUGAUCGCCAGCGUUUGAAUCCCCCUCUCCGAGUCAAUUGGAGCCGCCCAUUACCUCGGGAUGUGGGCUGGAGCUAUAUCAAGGGAUCAUAUUUGGAGGGUGCUGGAAUAUCCAUGGCAGUUCCUGCUGAGCAAGUGGUUGCUGAAUGCAUUGCUAGUGGGUAUGCAUUUUAUAGUAGUGAUGAGGAACCGGACUAUGAUGGAUUUGUAAAUGGGUAUGACUAUGACUUCGACGAGGACUCUGAAGAUAGUGAAGAUUCUUAA